CAAAGAAUAAUUUUGGGCAAAAUAUAAAUGAAAAAGAAAUUGGAAAAUGGAAGUCUAACAAAGAACGAUAGUUUUCAUAUUUGAAGUUGUCGUAAAGUAAAGAAGUUUAGGAAUUAGGAGUGACGAGAAAUUCCACCACUAUUCCCUAAUGCCUAAACAAACACAUUUCCAAGCGUUACCCUCGCUUUCUCUCUCCUUCAGAUCUACCUUUCUCUCUCUUCCAUUUUUCCCCAAUUUUACACACAAAUUGUCCGCUUUCAUUCCUAUCGUCGGUGAAUCAAAUUUCAAUUAUUCAUCCCAAUAUUAUUCACUUAGGGUUUCUUUCAUAUAAUCUACAAUUUUAGCUUCUGUUUUUCUGUAAAAUGUCACUCCGAUCGACAUCAAUUUGUUGCUGAUUCAGGAAAUUUUGAUUGAGUUAUUUAUUGGAAGCUGACGUAUACGUGUUUGUUUAAUUUAUGUGAUUAAUUGAUGAAGAUCAGAAAAUAUUGUAUUUGGUGAAAAAGAAAUUAAGGAGAGUAGGUGUGGUUGGAUCAGGUGAUGGAAUUUGGUAGGAGGAGGGAAAAUGUGAACGGUAAUGGAUAUGGCUUUUUUGUGAAUGGUAAUGGUAAUGGUAAUGGUAAUGGAAAUGGAAAUGCUUUGAUUUACAAUAAAUUGGGUUCUGAAGAUGAUGGACCAAUUUUGGAGUCUACAACAAAAUUGUUUCCAGUUUGUUCCUCAUCGUCGACGACGACGAAUUCAUCGCCACCAUCUCCAUCUUCUCCUUCACGUUAUAUUGAACAUCAUGUAACUAAAAUGGAUACUCUUGCUGGUGUUGCUAUCAGAUACGGUGUUGAGGUUGCUGACAUCAAAAAGUUAAAUGGCUUGGUGACGGAUCUCCAAAUGUUUGCUCUCAAGACGCUUCGUAUUCCACUCCCUGGAAGACAUCCUCCUUCACCUUGCUUAUCAAAUGGACACAGCAGCGCAGGACCAAGCUGCUCUGAGCAGACUCCAAUUCGUCGUGCCCACACUGAUAUUCUGGAAUCAUUCCAAUCAUUGAAAAUUACAACAGAACGCAUCUCACCUGCGAUGAGUUCUUUACGGGGUUACUAUGGGCUUACUGAACAGAGAAACGGCUCUGAAGGCUUUGAAAUGGCACUCUACAGCAAAGGCACUUCGAAUUACAUCAAAGAUGAAGAAUAUUCUAUAUCAUCACUAAUGAAUGCGCCUCUUAGUCAACAUAGGAAGUCCAGAAGCGUUGCUAAUGGGUUUAAGACAGCGGAGGAGGAACUGGAUAAUGAAUUGGACGAUGCUGCUAAAUGGAUUGAAAACCUAAACAAGAGACGUCAGAAGUCAGAAGCUGAUUUCUCUCGCACUCCAGAAAAAUUGAUGAAGGAAGAGAAUGGGAGUGGUGGUUGGUUUUCUGCAAUCACUGGCAAAGGAUUAGCUUUAAGAACAAAAGCAUCCAGUAGAACAAAUUUGGCUUCUGAGGUCGAAGUCAAUGGAACUAACGGAUUUCCGUUAAGUUUGGGAGAUUCUACCGCAGUUGACAGUUCAUCUGGAGUAAAGAAGUCGUCCAGCACAUCAAGUUUACAAGACCAAGAAGGCAAUAAUAGUACUUCAUCCAUAUGGUCAGCAGCGAAAUGGUCCUUGACGCCAGAUCUACAAGCCGCCCUUGCAAAACCAAUUUUUGACGGCCUAACAAAACCAAUCACUGGUCGAAAAUCCAAAGCAGCUCUGGACUAGAUGGUGAGUGAACGACGUCUGCAAUCACUUAUAUUUCUUGUUCUAAACAAAUCGACGUUCCGUAUAUAUAUAAACAAUUAUUUAGAAGAGCAGGAAAGAAAUAGGUCUUAUCGAUAACAUGCUGUGUCGUGGUCUGGGUGAUAGACGUACAAGCUGCAAGCCGAGUACAUGAAAUUCCCGAGUACAUGAAAUUCUUUCGCUGUAAAAUCUUCAAUACAGUAUGAUCCAAUUGUGAAGCAUUUUUUGCCCUCAUCUUUAGAAUUUUUCAUCAAAGUUCCUUUUACAAUGCAGUUCACAGAAAUUUGUAUAUUUAAGCCCGGAUCGACUUUUGGUCAUAGCAUAUAAUUUAUUCCCAUGUAUUAUUCGUUUCCCUUAGGCAUAUUGUGAAACCCUAGAUCUUGUAGAAGCAGAUUACUUAUAAAAUAUGAUUUACACUGGUUAUCCGUUUAA